AUGAGCGUAAGCCGCCUGGGACGGCGCGGCCUCGACUCGCGUCGGGGACAGACCCGCGCCGGCCGCGACGCCACUCGACGCCUCCAGCCAGCACGCAGCCAGCCACAGGUCGGACGAAGAUAUGAGCAUUCUAAUGGGAGGAUGAAGGUGCAGCACGUCGAGAAGGAAGGAAAGGAAGGAGUUGUGAGCGUGAGGCGGGGCCUGAGGUGGGGCUUGUGGCGUGCGGCACGGCACUGCACGGCGAAAGAGUCGCGCGCGGGACUACGAGGCGGAGACGUCUUCGGGCCCGGGCCUCGGCGCCGCCCAAGGCUUGAGCGGGAAGCGCUGGUGCGGUGCAGGUUGCACCGCUACGGCGCCUCCGCCCCCGCCUCCGCCCCCGCCUCCGCCCCGGCCUACAGCAACGGCUACCACCGCAACGGCAGCGCCCCCGCGCACACGCCGUUCCGCAAGGCGCUGGACGCGCCCGCCGGCACCGCCACCAACUGGCUGGGCGUGCUGCUGGCCUUCCUGUCGGGCGCCUUCUUCACGCUGUCGUCGGCGGCCGUGAAGGCGCUGCGCGCCAUGGACCCCAUGGAGCUGCUGCUGGUGCGCGGCCUGCUGCAGGUGGCCGUGAUGCUGGCGGCGGCGCUGUGGCGCGGCGCCCCGCUGCUCGGCAACAAGGGCUUCCGGCUGCUCCUGCAGCUCCAGGGGCUGGUGGGCGGGCUGACGCUGGUGCUGCUGUUCUACUCGUUCCGGCGGCUGCCGCUUGGCGACGCCACCACCAUCAUCUUCAGCUCGCCCGUGGUGGUGAUGGUGCUGUCGUUCGUGUUCCUCAAGGAGCCCUGCGGCUUCUUCCGCACGCUCAUCGUGUGCACGCUCGUCACGGGCGUCGUGCUCAUCGCCAAGCCGCCCUUCAUCUUCCACGGG